AUGGGGUACGCGCAGCUCGUCAUCGGACCCGCUGGGAGCGGCAAGUCAACUUAUUGCUCCAGUUUGUACGACCAUUGCCAGACUCUGGGCAGGACAAUUCAUAUUGUCAAUCUCGAUCCAGCUGCUGAGCACUUUGACUAUCCUGUAGAUAUGGAUAUCAGAGAGCUGAUUUCAUUGGAUGAUGUUAUGGAGGAGAUUGGGCUGGGGCCAAAUGGUGGUCUCAUCUACUGCAUGGAGCACCUAGAAGACAGCUUGGAUGAUUGGUUUGAUGAACAGCUAGAGAACUACUUGGAUGAUGACUAUCUUGUGUUUGAUUGCCCUGGCCAGAUUGAACUCUUCACGCAUGUUCCAGUUCUGCGGAACUUUGUUGAGCACCUGAAACGAAAAAAUUUCAAUGUUUGCGCUGUUUACCUUCUUGAUUCACAGUUUGUCAGUGAUGUAACGAAAUACAUCAGUGGUUGCAUGGCUUCUCUAUCAGCUAUGAUUCAGCUUGAACUUCCUCAUAUCAACAUCCUUUCAAAGAUGGAUCUGGUCUCCAACAAAAAAGAAGUAGAAGAGUACCUGGACCCGAAUGCACAGGUUCUUCUUUCACAGCUGAAUCGACAGAUGGCACCUCGAUUUGGCAAGUUGAACAAGUGUUUAGCUGAACUGGUUGAUGAUUACAGCAUGGUUAAUUUCAUUCCACUUGAUUUGAGAAAGGAAAGCAGCAUACAAUAUGUGCUGUCGUAUAUCGACACCUGUAUCCAGUACGGGGAAGAUGCAGAUGUGAAGGUCAGGGACUUUGAGCCCAUCGAGGACGAAGACUAG